CUGUCAUCCGUGAACCUGUGAAGCGCGCCAAAACGCCUACUAGACCUUAAACCCUAGAUUGUGUAUUUUUCGUUGAACGUACCUGAAUAUUAUUUUUUACAUGUAGUAUUAGUUGUCAGCAAGCAACUAUUUUAAAUAAAACACAUUAUAGUUAGUAAAAAUAUGCAGUUAUUAAGAAAAAUAUUGCCAGUCUUAGGUUCAUCUAAAAAAAGUUUAAGAUUUUGUUCAUUGAAGGGAAAUGAGAAUGUUAAUUCAAAUCUUAAAUCAUGGAAAGAGAUUCCUGGACCUUACUCAUUACCAAUCAUUGGACAGACUUUGCAUUUUUUGCCGGGAGGAUCACUCGCUAAUCGUGAAAUAAUGUUGAAUACACUUUACGAUAAAUUUGGACCUAUUGUACGAUUGGAAGGAAAAUUUGGUGGACCAACACUGAUAUUCAUUUUAGAUGCGGAGGCUGCUGCGCUAAUUUUAAGAGGCGAAAACUGGAUGCCCGUUCGUCCCGGAUUUAGGAGUUUAGAGUACUACAGAAAGAAAGUUAUUCCCUACAGUUCUGAUCAAUUAACGGGCCUCUUGACUGAUCAUGGUGAACCAUGGAAAAAAUUCCGGUCAAUAGUAAACCCAAUAAUGAUGCAUUCGAAAACUAUUAAACUCUACAGCAAAAUAUUGAACGAAGUUUCAGAUGAUACAGUUACAAGAAUGAAAUAUGAACGUAAUGACAAAAAUGCUAUUGAAAAUAUCGAUGACGUAAUAUCGUUAUGGGCUUUGGAAACGAUUGGUGUAGUGGCUCUGGGUGGUCGAAUAAACUGUCUUGAUCUAAAUCUACCUGAAGAUUCUCCCGCCCGAAGACUCAUUCAAAUUGCCCACGAUAUAUUUGUUCUAAUAAACAAAUUGGACUUUCGACCAAGUUUAUGGCGAUACAUUUCAACACGGAACUAUAGAAAGCUAAUGAAUUGUUAUGCUGAACAAAAAAGCAUAAGCGAGUACUUCCUUAAAAAGGCGAUGGAAGAAUAUAAAUCUAAGGGAAGGAAAGAUGAUGAAGAGAAAAGCGUUCUUGAAAAACUUUUGGAAAUAGAUGAGAAAGUGGCCGUCAUCAUGGCGACGGACUUACUAUUUGCUGGCGUGGACACAUCUGCACACACAAUGUUAGCAACAUUAUACCUACUAGCAAAAAAUAAAGAUAAGCAAGAAAAACUAAGACACGAAAUAAUGUCUCAGAAUGAGAAGAAACCCUACUUGAAAGCCUGCAUUAAAGAAUCCUUACGUAUAAUGCCUAUUGUAGCUGGAAAUCUUAGGAUGACCACUAAAGAUUAUAAUGUUUUAGGUUAUAAUUUACCGAAAAACACAUUAGUAACAUUUGCUCACCAGUUUUUGUCAACGAGUGAGCAACAUUUUCUACGUUCAAAAGAAUUCAUUCCUGAACGUUGGCUGGUUGAAAAGACUGAUCCCUUGCAUUAUGGAAGGGCACACCCAUUUGCGUGUAACCCUUUUGGCUUCGGUGUUAGGAGCUGCUUAGGUCGCCGAAUUGCUGAGUUAGAACUGGAGAUUUUAAUUUCAAAUAUACUAAAGCACUUCAGAGUGGAUUGGAUAGGACCACCAGCUAAAACCAAAGUAUACGGGAUCAACUACGUCGUCGGACCAUACUAUUUUCUUUUCGAAGACUUGUAGCUAUAUUCAUAUUUUAUAAAAUUCAAAAAUGGAACACGUUAAUAGAAAAAUUAAACAAUUAUGUAGUUCCAUUUUUAAAUCGAAGUGCGAAAUUUGCAUCAUGAAGUAAUGCGUAUGUAAUUUUUUGUUACGAUUGUCUUUUGUUUCUCAAUGAUUCGAUAUCAAGACUAACGCUUGAAAAACGGCGGUUGGUAUAUUGUAACAGAAUAAUAAUUUCAAUCAUGAUUAAUAUUAUUGUUUGUAUUGAUUUUUUGAAUAUAUUUUGAGUGAAAAAUAAAUUAUCUAUGAACAGAA